AUGUUAUUAACAAUUGAUAAUGAUAAUGAUAAUCAAUCAUCAAAUAAAUUUAUUUGGCGUACAAUCAAUGGUAUAGGAUGUGUAUUUUUUCUUUUUGCUGCUUUUGUUAAUUUAAAUGAUCAUGAUUGGUAUUUAUGGGUAACAAUUUAUAUAUGUACAUCUAUGUUUCUUGCUAUUGAAGUAUUUAAUUAUCGAUCAUUACCGAAUGUUAUUAUUUGUGUGAAUGCACUUGUAUUUUGUUUAUUUAUUGCAUAUGGUUGUCAUCUUCUUUUUAAAUAUCAAUAUGAAAAUAAUGUUGAUGUUGUAAAAAAUCAUUUUUUACAACACGAAGAAGGAAGAGAAUUAAGUGGAUUAGCUCUAGCGAGUAGUUGGCUUUUUUUAAUAUUAUUAAAUCGUUUACUACGUUUUAAUUAUCGUUUAUCAUUUGUUAUUGUUUCAUGUGGAUUAUUUCUUGUAUUAGUACCUGUUGGAAUGUGGUCGGUUUGUUUCGUAUCAAAUGAUUGGCGACAACGUUUUCCUCAAUGUCAUACAAUGAUUGUAUCUGAACAACAUUCUCAUUUUCAUCCAACUUUUUAA